AUGUCUUCUAAAUGCAAUGGGGACUGUUCUUGUGCUGGUAAGGUAGACAUGGAAAAUUCUGAUAAAAGAGAAACAGCCGAAAAUCAAACCAAUGACAUUGAUGAUGUAUGGGGUGAUGAUGACAUAGAAGAGCUAGAUAAUACGACUGCAGAUAUCAAAAGAAUGCAUUCAAAACAGGGAUACUUAGAUGGUAUCACUAACGCCAAAGAAUCAAGCCUUCAAGAUGGAUUUGACGACCUGUUUCCAAAAGGUGCGGAAUUAGGUAUUAUCGUGGGGAACAUAUUGGGAUCAUUGAUUUCUUCUAAUGAUGAAGAACUAUUCGAAAAGGCUAAAGCCGAACUUAAUAUUUCGCAGGUGUUGCACAAGAAAUACUUCGACGAAGAGUUGGAGUUGAAGAGCAACUCUGAGCAUGAAUUGAUUGCCAAGUGGCAAAAUGUUGUGCAGAAUUUGUAG